AUGAGAGCUGCCUCCCUCUUCCUGCUCAUCCUGCCUGCAGGCCUGCUGGCUCAGGGCCAGUAUGAUCUGGACCCACUGCCUCCGUACCCAGACCACGUGCAGUACACCCACUACAGCGACCAGAUCGACAAUCCGGACUACUAUGAUUAUCCAGAGAUGACGCCCCGGCCACCCGAGGAGCAGCUCCAGUUCCAGUCCCAGCAGCAAGUCCAGCACGAAGUCGUCCCGGCCCCCACCGUAGAACCGGGGACUGUGGAGACGGAGCCCACGGAGCCAGGGCCUCUCGACUGCCGCGAGGAGCAGUACCCGUGUACCCGCCUCUACUCCAUACACAAGCCCUGCAAGCAGUGUCUGAAUGAGGUCUGCUUCUACAGCCUCCGCCGCGUGUAUGUCGUCAACAAGGAGAUCUGCGUCCGGACAGUGUGCGCCCACGAGGAGCUCCUGCGGGCUGACCUGUGCCGUGACAAGUUCUCCAAGUGUGGCGUGCUGGCCAGCAGUGGCCUGUGCCAGUCUGUGGCGGCCGCCUGUGCCCGGAGCUGCGGGGGCUGCUAG